GGUGACAAAUGAGAUGGCCGCCACAUCAAGCGCCCUCCAUCAUCAUACUAAGGGCUGUAUUUUAGGAAUGAGUGAGAGCCAGCCACCUUCAAGAUGGAUGAUGUGGUGGCCAUCUGUUAUGGCAUAGGAUUUUGUGGUGCAAAAAUUCAUGACAAACUGUUAGAAUAAAAUAUCAGAUAUUUACCUGUAUCUACCCAAGAAAGAAAGAAAGGAAGAGGGAGAGUGGAAAAAAAAAAAAACAAGGGAAUAGAAGGGAAGAAGGCCAGCCCACAGUUAGAUGCUAGGCCGUUUGAGCUUGGGAACGGUCGGCCUAGCGACGGAAUCGCUAGCCCGGAGAGCGCUGGACCAGAGGAUUCCACCCUUGAGACGAUCUUGUUCUGUUAUGAGAAAGCAUGAUAAAGCCUUGUGAACCAUCUUGACAGAAGGAGCAGGAGGUCCCACCACCAACCUUGAAUCCAUUGUCUAGUUUCUGGAUCCUGUCUUCCAUUGGUUAUUUGAUCUUAUAAAGCAACUGGGCAGCCCCCUUCCCUCCUCCAGUCCUCUCAAAAUCUUUUCACUUUGUUAAUUUGGGUGGGAGGGAAAGAACGGGUUCUCUAAUCUUUCCCGGUUCUUUCACUGGAGCCGGAGGUGGGGAAGGGGUCUUGUAUCUGCCGCUUCUAGAGGUUGAUAGAUCGUUCAUUCUACAUCUUAGGGAAAAAGAGAAGGAAAGAAUGGCACAGCAGAGGAUGGGAAACAUUAAUGGCCAAGGUUGCACCCCGCAGGCACCCCCAUUUCCAGGCCUGAUGACCAAUUGCAAGACUUGCAAGCAUUCUGCAGCACGGGGCUGCUGCACGGUUAUGGAUGCCACCAGAGACUUGUGGGAUAAGCUCUUUGCUGAAGGCUACCAAGCAGAUGUCUUUGUAGACACGAACGAAGGCAUGAUCCCGGCCCAUUCAAGCGUUCUUGGCAUGGCUUCGCCGGUGAUGAAGAACAUGUUGAGACAGUCGAGAAGCCGAGGAGGCUGUCGGAAGGCUAUCUCUAUCCGUGGAGUUCCACACCAUGCUGUCAGGGUCUUCCUUCGCUUCCUCUACUCAUCAUGCUAUGAGCAGGAAGAGAUGAACCAAUUUGUGCUGCACCUGGUGGUGCUAUCGCAUGUGUUUGUGAUCCCUACUCUGAAGAAUGUCUGUGUGCAGCAGCUAGAGAGAGGCCUGUUAACUACUGAGAAUGUGGUUGAUGUCUUCCAGCUAGCAAAGCUUUUCGACGCUCCACGGCUAUGCCUCCUCUGCCACCGGAUGAUAGUGAAGAACUUCAAGGUGGUGUCUGCCACUGAGGGGUGGAAGGUGAUGAAGCAAAGCAACCCAAGGCUGGAGAAGGAGCUUCUGGAGUCGGUGAUCGAUGCUGAUACGAGAAAGAAUGAAAGGUUGAAAAAACUAGAGGAGAGAAAGAUCUAUCUCCAGCUACAUCAGGCAAUGGAGGCCCUUGUUCACAUAUGCAGGGAUGGAUGCCGGACAAUUGGACCUCAUGACAAGGUUCUAAAGCGAAGUGCAGCCCCUUGCAACUUCCCUGCUUGCAAAGGACUAGAAGCACUUGUCCGACACUUUGCUGGCUGCAAGAACCGAGUCCUCGGUGGCUGCACUCACUGCAAGAGGAUGUGGCAACUGCUAGAGCUCCACUCUCGGCUAUGCAUGCAAGUUAAUGGAUGCAAAGUUCCCCUCUGCAGGCAUUUCAAGGAGAAGUUGAGGCACCAGAACAAAAAAGAUGAGGUGAAGUGGAAGCUGUUGGUGAGCAAAGUGCUCGAGGCAAGGAGCUUCUCUGGAGCACACUUGUUACAAUCUAUGGUUGCUGUGCGUGCCUAACGUAGUGUCAGCUCUAAUGGGUUUAUCCGGCCAGAUACUUUCAUAGUAUAUUUGUAAUAUGCUAUGAAGGUUGCAAUAUAAUGUGUAUAAUGAAUGAAUGAAUGAAUGAAUACUUGAUCAAUUUCAAUAGUUGGCUAGCUCGUUGCACUCA